GAACGACAUGGGGCCGUCUUCUGAAGCCAAGGACUGGAAGGAAAGUGUAGAAAGCGCGGUGAACUAUCUACGGUACACUCCGCUGGACCGGCAGGUUGAAAAACGGGGUGGCGCUCUCUCAUCGGACUGACGGAAGUUUCGUACUUGGAGGGGCUUUUGGUCUCUUCACCGCUGGUCUUGACCCUAACCUUGGCUUUGACGCGGCCAAACAUGGCGCCGACUACCAGCCCUCGGCACGAGAGGUCCUCCGUGAGAUGGCAACCCGAGGAAAGUCCUACGCCAAGAACUUUGCCGCCAUUGGCGCCAUGUUCGCUGGAACUGAAUGUAUUAUUGAGUCUUACCGAGGAGUGAGUGACUGGAAGAAUGGGACCAUGAGUGGCUGUGUCGUUGGAGGGGCCAUCGGGAUGAGAGCUGGAGUAAAACCAGGGAUCCUAGGCUGUGCAGGUUUUGCAGCCUUUUCCUCAGCAAUCGACUACUUCCUCAGAUAGCGACCGCAAUAGUUAUGACUGAAGCUGUUCCAUAACACCAUGAUCGCAUUUUCACACUGCUCCUUUUGUGCAAAGUUGUUUUUGGUAAUUGUAUUAGAAAACGUUGUUGUUAUGCAAAUAUUGUGACUAACAUAAAUGAAAUUAUAUGUUUAUGAAAAAUUCAUACAUGUAUAUGUAAGAAUGAUUAAAUGGUGUAUACUCUCACCUAUAUUAUAAGAGGAGUUGAGGACUUAAAUAUGGAAGCUAUAUGUAGUAGGAGGUAAUGUGUUAGAUGUUAUUAUAUUGUUAUGAUGUUGGUGUCAAUUCUGAUAAGCUAAUACUCAAAGAUUGUGAUGUUAUGAUUAUGUCUAUUUUAUUUUCAUUGAGUUUAUAAGAAGAAAGUUGUUCAAACUUGCUGAUAGCUUAUCUAGGCAGGCUGGUAUACAUUAUUUAUGUGGUAUAUGCACUAAGGUAUUGUUGCUACUAUGUUGCCAUUUGCAGCAAUAAAAAUGAUUAUGACUUUUG